AUGGCGGCUGGGUUGUUUGGUUUGAGCGCUCGCCGUCUUUUGGCGGCAGCGGCGACGCGAGGGCUCCCGGCCGCCCGCGUCCGCUGGGAAUCUAGCUUCUCCAGGACUGUGGUCGCCCCGUCCGCUGUGGCGGGAAAGCGGCCCCCAGAACCGACCACACAGUGGCAAGAGGACCCAGAACCCGAGGACGAAAACUUGUAUGAGAAGAACCCAGACUCCCAUGGUUAUGACAAGGACCCCGUUUUGGACGUCUGGAACAUGCGACUUGUCUUCUUCUUUGGCGUCUCCAUCAUCCUGGUCCUUGGCAGCACCUUUGUGGCCUAUCUGCCUGACUACAGGAUGAAAGAGUGGUCCCGCCGCGAAGCUGAGAGGCUUGUGAAAUACCGAGAGGCCAAUGGCCUUCCCAUCAUGGAAUCCAACUGCUUCGACCCCAGCAAGAUCGAGCUGCCAGAGGAUGAGUGA